GCCACGCUGUACACUGCUGCUCUGUGGAAACGUCCGCAACCCUGCCGCUGCCUCGAUCCACGCCGCCACUGGCUCACUCCGCCUCCUCGCCCACUCAUGGGGAAAAAUCUUCACAUCCCAGCACUGACAUGCGCGGUAGACUCAGCACAGUCAGAGAGGGGACGUAAAUAGUUUCCAAAUAAACUGAGUCACUUUCGCGCCAGCAACGACUCUGCCAGAAGCUCAAACGCGCGCACACACAUUUGCCGACCAUCUCGCAGUGGCAAAACCCGAGCGCGCGCACGUUUUGGCGGGAAAAAGUUUACAAGUGAAGUGUGACAUGCGCACGGAAUCUUCAAGACUGGAGACAAGUUCGUGAGUUUGUACAAGACUGCGAGAAAACUUUUGUGAUUGGCUAACGACUCUGCAAGGCGACGAACUCUCACAAGUAACUGGUUCUUCACCGCUAGAAAAACCUUCCGGUCGAGGGGCAUAUCGUCGUUAGAUUUUUUUUAGAGCAUUUCCACUUCUAGAUGGAAUAAACAGAACUGCAUCUACGCACAGGGUCCUGGCCAGUUACAUGGAUCGCGGCAAUAUAUCGUGCAGGGUUGAGGUACCUCGGUAACAAGAAGAGGGAACCCUGAAGAGGCAAUAGGCUGACAAGAAAAAAAAUCCUCAUAAGGCAGAGGCACGUUAAAGAAAGGAUGAUAAUGCAGUUAGCAGGGGAAUCUGACAUCGGGCCGCUGGCUCUCGACAGAGAAGAAGAAGACUAUAAAGAAAUUUCCCAUUCUGACACCUCCAUCAACGUCGCAAGGUGGGCGACGUUCCGAGACAGUGAGGGGCGACGAGACAGUGAAUAUAGCGACGUCCCAGACGAACAGCGACCGCCCUUACACAUUUCGCUCGCCGGAGGUGUCUCGCCGCCACCGUCCCCACCUACAGCUGCUUCUCCCGCGCCUACCAUGGCUCCCGGACAUGGCGGUUCCAGUCCAGUCAGUGGUUUGGCCACCUUGCACCACGCCCUACAUGGUCUACACAACCUACACAACUUGCACAAUCUCCAGAACUUCCAUAACCUCCAACAGAAUCUACAGACCCAGAUGGCAGCGCUAGCUGGCUUACAAGGCGGACUCGGUGUUCCAGGUGUUGGUUCCCUUCUCCACCCUCCUUUAGCACCUCAGCAACACCCUGCACCUGCGGCACCUUCACCGGCUGGUAUCAGUCCCGCACCACCUCCUGCCAAUGGUAACAACGCUUCUGCAGUACCUCAGAUGGUACUCACUUCCGGCCAUGUGACACAAGGAGUUCAGGGUGCCCAACUUCUUAUACCUACCUCCCAGGGGAUCGCAGUACAGCCGAUUUUAACCAUCCCUCUGGGCCAGGCCGGAGUCCAGGGCUCGUCUUCACUCGUCAAUCCUCUCGUUCCUCUCCACCACUUGCAACAUCAAGGUCCCCAUCCGCAACACACAGGCUCUGCUACUUCGUCGCCCCUCCCACCCAAUUCAUCCUCGAAUUCCUCUUCCUCUUCUUCCUCUUCCUCUACGUCCGCCGCUCCCCACCCUUUACUAGGUUUAGCAGGACUACCACCAUCCCUCUUCCAUGCUCACCACGCCCAUAACAAUAACAACAACAACAACAGUAAUAACAACAAUAACAAUAAUAUGGGCACACCCGAUAAACCCAAACUACCGUUGUCGUUAUCGUCUCCUGUAACUGCUGAUGCCGUGGGUGCUUUAGGAGCCAGAAUGGGAACUCACUACCCUGCUCCCCCUCCUCCUCCACCUACAGCACGAUACUCACCAGAUUUUCUUGACAAUCAUAGUAAGUUGUAUUUAUGGUAGAAACCUUUUGUAGCU